GUCUCCGUCUCGAGACACAGUGAUGCGGGCGGCCUGGUUGUAACUGUGCAUCAGCCUACACCGUCACGCUGCUAGCUCCCUUUCCUCACCAGGGCACUGCCUCCUUUGCCCGAGGGCAGAAGUCUUCCCCCUUUGCGGGAGUGGGUUGAGCAGAUCCGUGCCCAGAGGGAUUGUAGGCCCCCGGCCCCCCCCUCACACUCGAUAGACUGUGGAAACCCCUCAAAAUAAGGCUAUUGAAGCAAUAGGCUGUUGAUUUUGAUCCCGCCCAGAACACUUCAGUUUUGCUCUGCAAGGAUAUAUAAUCGUUCCAUUUACUAGUCUAAAAAUAAAAGGUAGUGAUGGAGACUGAGCAGCAAGAGGAGACCUUUACCAACACAGAGACAAAUGGAAAACGUCCUGCAGAAGAUAUGGAAGAAGAACAGGCUUUCAAAAGAUCUCGCAACACUGAUGAAAUGGUAGAACUGCGCAUCCUGCUUCAGAGCAAAAAUGCUGGAGCAGUGAUUGGAAAAGGUGGCAAAAAUAUUAAGGCACUUCGUACAGACUACAAUGCCAGUGUUUCAGUCCCAGACAGCAGUGGCCCCGAGCGCAUAUUGAGUAUAAGUGCAGAUAUUGAAACAAUUGGAGAAAUUUUGAAGAAAAUUAUCCCUACCUUAGAAGAGUACCAGCACUACAAAGGAAGUGACUUUGACUGCGAGCUAAGGCUGUUGAUUCACCAGAGUCUGGCAGGAGGAAUUAUUGGCGUCAAGGGUGCUAAAAUCAAAGAACUCCGAGAGAACACUCAGACCACCAUUAAACUUUUUCAAGAGUGCUGUCCUCAUUCCACGGACAGAGUGGUACUUAUUGGUGGAAAGCCUGAUAGAGUUGUGGAAUGCAUCAAGAUCAUCCUGGAUCUUAUAUCAGAGUCUCCAAUCAAAGGACGGGCACAGCCGUAUGACCCCAAUUUCUAUGAUGAAACAUAUGACUAUGGUGGCUUCACAAUGAUGUUUGAUGAUAGAAGGGGACGUCCUGUAGGAUUUCCAAUGCGUGGAAGGGGAGGCUUUGAUCGAAUGCCUCCUGGUCGUGGUGGGCGUCCCAUGCCUCCAUCAAGACGAGAUUAUGAUGACAUGAGCCCUCGCAGAGGACCCCCUCCCCCUCCUCCAGGUCGUGGUGGCAGAGGUGGUAGCAGAGCACGUAAUCUUCCUCUUCCUCCUCCUCCGCCUCCUCGUGGCGGAGAUCUUAUGUCUUAUGACCGGAGGGGCAGACCUGGAGACCGUUACGAUGGAAUGAUGAUGCAGUGUCACGUGGACGCCUGUGAUGACAUACAACCACCUGAAUUGUUUGAGGGUGGGUCUGGAUAUGACUAUUCUUAUGCAGGGGGUCGUGGAUCAUACGGUGAUCUCGGUGGACCCAUCAUCACAACACAAGUAACGAUUCCCAAAGAUUUGGCUGGAUCUAUUAUUGGGAAAGGAGGUCAGAGGAUCAAACAAAUACGUCAUGAAUCAGGGGCUUCGAUCAAAAUUGAUGAACCUUUAGAAGGCUCAGAAGACCGGAUAAUAACUAUUACAGGCACACAGGAUCAGAUACAGAAUGCACAGUAUUUACUGCAGAACAGUGUGAAGCAGUAUGCAGAUGUUGAAGGAUUCUAAUGCAAGAUAUUUUUUCUUUUUUAUAGUGUGAAGCAGUAUUCUGGAAAGUUUUUCUAAGACUAGUGAAGAACUGAAGGAGUCCUGCAUCUUUUUUUUUUAUCUGCUUCUGUUUAAAAAGCCAACAUUCCUCUGCUUCAUAGGUGUUCUGCAUUUGAGGUGUAGUGAAAGCUUUGCUGUCCACCAGAUGUAAUGUUUUAGUUCCUUACAAAUAUUUGGGGGGGAAACAGGGUGGUGCGCGAGACUAACAUUGGAAUUUUGAAACAGCAGCAGAGAGAGUGGUUUUUAUUUUUGUUAGUUGGUGGUAAUCUGUAAUGUUUUUCUGUAACUAUUGUGAACGCCCUGCUUUAUGUACACUGUAUUUUUAUUUUAUUUUUUUUUUUGAAGGGGGAGAAUAUUAGUAGUCCAUGUUUCUGGCAUCCAUUCAGAGCAGUGUGCAGAAUGUAAUGCUCUUUUGUAAGAAAUGUUUUAUGAUUUUUAAAAUAAAUUUAGUGAAUCUA